AUGUCCCGACUAUCCCAAGAAACCGAUCUCGCAACUCUAGUGCAAGAACGGCGUCGCGAGCUCCAGCUACUGCUGAAAACCGCUACAGAAAAAAGCCCCUCGGCUAUCGACCAGACAGCAAAGAUGUGCGAAGCAGAGCAUCUGUACAUGAUUGAUAUUGAGUUGAGGAAAGCAUUCGCCGAGCUUUAUUCUUCGCAGAGGCGGGAACUUAAGUAUGAGGAGAAAGAUAUCAAUAGUGGUGAGCAUUAUGGUGACGGGAAUGAUAUCAACGGUGGUGAAGGGUUUGGUGGAGGGGAUGAUAUCAAUAGUGAUGAGAAUUAUGGUGGGGAGGCGGAUGGUUAUGAGAGUGCUGGUGAUAUGAAUGGUGGUGAGGGUGAUAGUGAGGAGGAUGAGAAUUAUGUGGAUGGUGAUCAUGAGGAUGACAGUGAUGAAGAUGAUAGUGAUGAAGACGACGACGAAGAAGACGAGGAUGAAGGCGAAGAUGAAAACGAAGAUGAAGACGAGGAUGAAGACGACAGUGAUGAAAAUAGUGAUGAUGAAGACGAAGAAAGCCUUGCAUCAACAGCCAUCGACCACGACCACGCCCCCUCCCUCGACACCGACACCGACGACGAGUCCUGGGUCAGAGACAUGGAGUUCACGCACACCUCGUCGAUAUUUCGCUGCAGCACCUGCAGCACCGUCCCCAUCACCCAGCAAGAAGACAAAUCCUACUCCCAGACAAUCCAAUCCGGCACCAAGCACCAAACCAGAAACUCCAGCUCCGCCUCCACGAGCACCACGACAACCAAGAUCUACCCAGCUCACCCUUACACCGACGACCUAACCACCCAGUUAAGCCGCCUCCAAGCCAACGUCCUCGCAAUCCUAUCAAACCAGCAUCAAAUCCUCAGCAACCAGCAGAACAUCCUGCGCCACCAGCAAAGCAACCUGGCGAAGGAGCAGAAGAUCAUCGACCAGCUGGAAGCCCUAGUCGCCGCCCAGCGCGCCCAGCUCGCCAUCAUUAAGCGCCAUUCUCUCCCCGAGCAGCGAUCUCGGGCCCCGCUCUUCAACGGAUUCGACAGUGUCGGCAUGGAUGGGCUAUCCCCGAAUGCCUCCGGCUCUGCGCAACCCCAGUUCCAAUCGCACGCUCAUCCUCCUCCUGUCCAGAGGACUGACCUGCCUCACGCCCACCCAGCCGUGCCAGCACCAGCAAACCACCGCACCAACCAACCAAUCUACCCCUCCCCGCAGGUCCACGACUUCUUCUCGCCCAUAUACCGGGACCCCCUGAGCAUAACCAGCCACGUGCCGCCGCAAUACUUAAGCCAGCCUGCUGCUGUGCCACUAUCUUAUCCAGCGAGCCGUCCUGCGCCGCAAGGACGGUUUUAUGCAUCGAACGGGGUUUAUCCUUACGCAUACGGGUCGUGA